AUGGUGUCAGACAAGGGAGGCUAUCGCCAAAUUAACAAAACUUUGGAUAUCUGCAUCUUUGCCGAUUAUCUUGAAGUCCAACAAAAGAGAAUGCCAAAGUUGUUAGAUGUGGAGCAAAUCAGUCCACGAGUAAUCCGUAUUCUGGGGAAGAAUCCCGGAAAGUUCACUCUUCAAGGAACGAACACGUAUAUCGUCGGCACUGGAGCAAAGCGUCUUAUCAUCGACACAGGACAGGGAAUCCCAGCCUGGGCAGAAUUGAUCGCAGAAGCAUCAGUCAUUCAAAACUUCUCACUAUCAAAAGUCCUUUUAACGCAUUGGCAUGGAGAUCAUACUGGCGGUAUUCCUGAUCUUAUUCAAAUCUACCCGCAUCUCGCUGGGUUUAUUUUCAAACACACGCCGAGCAAGUCCCAGCAACGUAUUAUGAACAACCAGAUAUUUACUGUUGAAGGCGCCACAUUGCGAGCCAUCCACACACCAGGACACUCUGACGACCACAUGUGUUUCAUUCUGGAAGAGGAUAAUGCUAUGUUUACUGGGGACAAUGUGCUUGGCCAGGGCACCACGGCGGUUGAGCACCUCGGUACCUGGAUGGAGACAUUACGGACCAUGCAGUCCUAUAGAUGCAUGAAGGGCUACCCGGCCCAUGGCAGUGUGAUAGUCAACCUCGAUUCUAAAAUUGCAGCAGAGUUAGGAGGAAAGUUGAGACGUGAGCGCCAGGUGCUACGAGCUUUGAAUAAUAUUCAAACUGGUUCUCGAGGUAGACGGUUAUCAACCAAAGAAGUGAUUAUAGCAGUUCAUGGGGAAAUCAGUGAUCAUCUUAUGGACAAGGCGUUGGAGCCUUUCGUGGAUGAAAUCCUCAGAAAGCUCGCUGAAGACGGCAUGGUUGGAUAUGAAUUGAGAGAAGGUGCGAAAAGAUGGUUUGCCGUCACUUGA